UAAUGGAGUGGAGCUUUCUAGCUAGGAUCAGUUUGACUGGAAGUUGUGGGUGAGUUGACCGUAGCAUCAACGACUGGAGCUCGCCCAUGAGCUGUUAGCAUUACUCAAUCUCCAAAAUAAAAAAUCCAACCUUUCUGGCUUUUUGUUUCUGCUUGCCAUUAAAAGAAGCAACCUUUUUAGCACUUAAACUCCUCAAUGAGAAACUAACCAUGAAUUCUACUAAAUUAUUUUUUGUCAUAAUUAUAUUGCUUAUCUUCCUCGUGAUUCUUCCCUCUUCCCUUUCGGUUACCCUAGACGCCAUUACACCAAACCAACCCCUAAGAGAUGGCGACGUUCUUCUAUCCACCACUGAAAUCUUUGCACUAGGGUUUUUUAGCCCAGGGAAUUCUCAUAAUCGUUAUGUUGGAGUUUGGUACAACAAAAUUCCAAUCCAAACCAUCGUCUGGACUGCAAACAGAGACAACCCCGUAAUUCCUAUUGCUGGAGCUGGGCUCUUAGCUAUUCUUGGAAAUCAUGGAGGCCUUGUUAUUUAUGGGAAGGACCGAAGUACCCCUCUUUGGUCUGCUAAUGUCACAGUCUCUUCGCCAAACAAUUCCGUAAUAGCCAAACUUUUGGAUACAGGAAAUCUUGUAUUGCUUGAGAAUAGUGGUAGUAGCCAAAGGAUGCUGUGGCAAGGCUUUGAUUACCCCUCAGAUACACUGCUUCCAUUAAUGAAGAUUGGGCUGAACCGGCGGUCGGGGCUGAACUGGCUCCUAACAUCUUGGAAGUCCCACGAUGAUCCCAGAUCGGGGAAUUUUUCGUAUGAGAUUGACCCAACCGGGUUUCCACAGUUCAUUGUUUACAAGGGUCGAACCAAAUGGUUUCGAGUCGGAACUUGGACCGGCCAGAGAUUGAGCGGGGUCCCCGAAUACACACCUAGUAGUUUCCGCAGCUUUGUGAACGAUACAGAUGAGAUAUAUACAGAAUAUACUGUUACAGAUGGCUCAGUACUCACAAGGGGGGUGCUAGAUGAAUCAGGAAUUUUUCAACGGUUCGUAUGGCGGGGUCAAGAAAACAAAUGGGUCGAAGGAAGUUUCUGUUAG